AUGGUGCACUGGUCAGCCGAGGAGAAGCAGCUCAUCACCGGCCUCUGGGGCAAGGUCAAUGUGGCCGAAUGUGGUGCCGAGGCCCUGGCCAGGUAGGUCCAGCCCCUGGGAUCUGCACCAUGGACAGAGGAGUUCUUCGCCUCCUUCGGGAACCUGUCCAGUGCCACCGCCGUCCUUGGCAACCCCAUGGUGCGUGCCCAUGGCAAGAAGGUGCUCACCUCCUUCGGGGAUGCCGUGAAGAACCUGGACAACAUCAAGAAGUGCUUUGCUCAGCUGAGCAAACUCCACUGUGACAAACUGCACGUGGACCCCGAGAACUUCAGGCUCCUGGGUGACAUCCUCAUCAUCGUCCUGGCCUCGCACUUCGGGAAGGACUUCACACCCGCCUGCCAGGCUGCCUGGCAGAAGAUGGUCCGUGUGGUGGCCCACGCGCUGGCCCACGAGUACCACUGAGCCUCUGAGGCGCUGCUGCAUGGGGGUGCUCCCAGCUCCCGGGGAAACAUCCUCUGGUUCUGCUGGUCUGUCACUGCCAAAUAAACAC